GAUUCAUACCUGAUUACCGUUCAGUUUUCACCGCCGUCACCGGAAAAWUUUCCGUUUAAUUUGUCCCUGAGACUAACUGAUUUUCUGAAAUAAAGACAAUGAGUAGCGUCGCCGUCGACACAUUGAUGUCAGAUUUCCUCCACAAGACCGGUGGCGUCGCUGUAAUUGACGGCGGACUUGCGACGGAGCUCGAACGAUAUGGUGCUGACCUUAACGAUCCACUAUGGAGCGCUAAAUGCCUCGUGACUUCUACUCACCUUAUUCGACAGGUACACCUUGAUUAUCUUGAAGCUGGUGCAGAUAUACUAAUCACAGCAUCUUAUCAGGCAACAAUUCAGGGGUUUGAGGCUAAAGGCUAUUCUUCAGAAGAUGGUGAGUCCAUGCUUAGAAGAAGUGUAGAAAUURCCCGUGAGGCAAGGGAUGCAUAUUAUCAACAAUGCCGUGAAUCUUCUAGUGAUUAUACUGGUGAUGGUAGAAUUUUAAAGCAUCGUCCUAUCUUAGUUGCUGCAUCGGUAGGGAGUUAUGGGGCAUAUCUGGCUGAUGGUUCUGAAUACAGUGGGGACUACGGUACUGCAAUGAAUUUGGAAUUCUUGAAGAAUUUUCACCGGAGAAGAGUUCAAGUUUUGGCUGAAUCUGGUGCUGAUCUGAUUGCAUUCGAAACAGUGCCAAAUAAGCUAGAGGCMCAGGCUUUUGCUGAGCUUCUUGAAGAAGGCAUAAACGUUCCUGCAUGGUUUUCGUUUAAUUCCAAAGAUGGUGYAAAUGUGGUGAGUGGUGAUUCCUUGGCCGAAUGUGCUGCAAUAGCUGAUUCAUGCAAGAAAGUUGUUGCUGUAGGAAUCAAUUGCACCCCUCCUAGAUUUAUUGGUGGUUUGAUUUCAACAAUAAAAAAGGUGACAACCAAACCAAUACUUAUAUAUCCAAAUAGCGGGGAAAAUUAUGAUGCUCAACUAAAGCAAUGGGUGCAAAACACUGGAGUUCCGGAUGAAGAUUUUGUUUCGUACGUGAACACAUGGUGCGAGAUGGGUGCAUCGCUUGUCGGYGGUUGCUGCAGAACGACUCCAGACACCAUUAGAGCCAUUUAUAAGACUCUUCCCAGCAGAUCAGCUUCUAUACCYGUCGCCGAAAAUCUUCAAAGAGAGUCGUCGGGCCAUUCGAACAUCAACGCCACUUAGAGGUCGGUUUGUCUCUUCCUCUUUUUUCGGUUUACKAUGACCUGAUUUAAUAUUACGAUCCAUUGUAACCGAUGCUCGAAUAAUAUUAAGCCGCUAAAUUACACGUAUAUC